AUGGGAACUCCCUCGAGCGAGGGACGCAUUAUCAAAGGCCUCCUCUUUACUUCCAGAGAGCCUUCGUCAACUUUCAACCGAGGCCCUCACUGGUAUCAUGAGAGUCCUUGGCUUCCCUUGGGUCACGACGCUUUGAGCAACAAUGCAUUGGGAUCUCGCUCCCUGAAGCAGACCGCACUUCUCAAAACACUGCACGACCAGUCCCUUCUUGACCCGGCCUCAUUCAAGAACGUCCCCUGGUUGCUCGCAAAGGAGAUCUGGGAUUUCCUCGGCGAAUGCAACAAACAAACAUUGCACAUGUGGAAGAUCCUGGCAACCAUCUACCCUACCGACUUCCGCAAAGGAUGCCAGUUUUACAAGCUCUACACCCUCCGCCCCGUUCAGCCACUAAAGGGCUACAUCGAGACUAUGAAUGAUAGGCGUUGUAACUGGCAUGCUUUUCUCUCCUUGGAGACGGCUUAUGCUACCGUCGAAGACUUGGUCAGAAUUGGAGGCAUGGCAAACCUUGCGGCCCUGGAGAUUGAACGAGGCCAGUGGAGACCAUGCCCGGUCCUGCCCCUCAGUCAUCCAAAUGAUCCAGAAACCACAUUGGAGGACGGCAUUGUUCGAAGCUGGCUUGAGAUGGCUAGAGCGCAAGGAUCGCUCCAGCACCUCCGUGUGCUGAGAAUCAGCCAGCAGAAUAGUCUCACACUGUCCAGCCUCGAUAUGCUGGCGGGGUUACCUGGUCUUGCUCUCAUCCUUGUCCACAAGUGCCGACACUUCACUGAAGCAUGGACUCAGGGAGAAGAAGAUCAGGGACAAGCUGUCUUUGCGGCUCACGGCUGGCACGCCCAGAGUCUCAGUAAAGUCCUCGAAAGGAGAGGACUUGAUGAGUUCACCGGCCCGAUGCACUUUGAGCAGCUCGGCAACGCCUAUACCGAUUCCUUGCGAACUGGAAAGCGCGAGGACGGCACCGAAAGACUUCCCCCGGGAUUGGCAGGGAAUGCCCCCAAGAUGGACUUCUGCCUACACCAAGGCCAUCGCACCGACGUCUCCUCGAUUGAAAAGCGCAUGCCAUUUGCGAGCGGGGACGUUUUGCACCUGACUCCAGUGCUGCCUGGCUCCGCCAGCAAGCGACCUGUCACGUUGUCGGCCACUCAAGCGCCAUCCCGCUCUGAGAAAAAGCGGCCUUCUUCCUCGCCGGCCAAGGAGAGCAAGGACAAGAGAAUCAUGAAGAGCAAGCCUCUCCGCAACUUGGAGGACUUGCUAAGUGAGUUCUCCUGA